GUUGUAACUCCUACUUUCUUAGAAUGUCUGUUGCAAGAGCCUAGACUGCAUACAAAAAGUUAAUCUGUUCAGCCUCAAGCUAAUAAGAGCAAAUUUCAGUACAAGAGGAUCCUUCUAGUUUGUUUCUGUAAAGAUACCAAGCUAUUUGUGAGUUUUCCAUUAUCUUAUUUAUUCACCCUGUCCAUUACAGUUUCAACACAAUACAAAGGAAGGAAGUGUUCUAGGUUCACAUAAACUAUUAAAAUGAGUGACUUGAGUAGUAAGUACUCCAGUGGGAGAGAGAGGAAGGAGAACGUAGCCAUUUUCCAUUUGAUUGGCAGCAGCUAGCUGGCUAUUCUGUCAGGCAGAACUUCUCAAGGUGCAACUGGGAGGGGUUGGAAUUACUGUUGGAGGUAUAUGGAGGCAGGCUUUCCUUGGACAGGAGGAAAACCUCUAAAUGAAAAUGAGGGAUGUACUGUAAGAACUGGUAUUGGGAUGGCUAUACUGAGACAUGUAAGAGAUAUAAUUUUGUGUAAGAACCCUUGGUUUUAUUGGUUCUGCUGUCAUAAAACUGUACAGAAAACAAAACGUCAUGAGUAGAGAGUUUGUUAAUGGGAAGCUUUAGAGUAGUAGCAUGGUUUUAAAAAAUCUGGUUUUUAGCCAUGGAUUUUACCAUGAUGGUUCUAGAAUGUAUAUGAUAUGUGCAUUUGUAUGCUGUGUAUGGUCUGUCUUUUAUUAUCCUUGCAAAGGCUGUCAGUAGAAUCUAGUGUUUUAAGGGAAAACUAAGGCUAGCUUAUAUUUUAGCACAGUGUUUAAUUUUUGCACUUCCACAUUUUUAUUUGUUUUUAAAUGAAGCUAUUGCAAUCAAAAGAUUGUCUUCCACUGUCUGGCUUGUGUGACUUCUAAAAAGCACAUGAUAUUUUUAGGUUGAUAAAAGAAGCUGGCAAACAAGAUCCAGAACUGGCUUACAUCAGUAGCAAUUUCAUAACUGGACAUGGCAUUGGCAAGAAUCAGCCUCGUAACAAGCAGAUGGAAGUAGAAUUCAGAAAACAGGAAGAGGUUCUUAGAAAAUUUCGAGCACAUGAGACCAAUCUUCUUAUUGCUACCAGUAUUGUAGAAGAGGGUGUUGACAUACCAAAAUGCAAUUUGGUGGUGCGUUUUGAUUUGCCCACAGAAUACCGUUCCUAUGUGCAGUCAAAAGGAAGAGCUAGAGCACCAAUUUCCAAUUACAUAAUGUUAGCAGAUACAGACAAAAUUAAAAGUUUUGAGGAAGAUCUUAAGACAUAUAAAGCAAUUGAGAAGAUCCUGAGAAAUAAAUGCUCGAAAUCUGUUGAUACCAAUGAAAUGGAAACGGAACCCAUUGUUGAUGAUGAUGAUGUGUUUCCACCCUAUGUGCUGAGGACAGAUGAGAACAGUCCAAGAGUUACUAUCAACACAGCCAUUGGACACAUAAAUAGGUACUGUGCUAGAUUACCAAGUGAUCCAUUUACACACCUAGCUCCCAAGUGUAAAACCAGAGAACUACCUGAUCAUACAUUCUACUCUACUCUCUACCUGCCAAUCAACUCACCUCUUCGAGCGUCAAUUGUUGGUCCUCCAAUGAGUUGUGCAAGAUUGGCUGAGAGAGUUGUAGCUCUUAUUUGCUGUGAAAAACUGCACAAAAUUGGUGAACUGGAUGAUCAUUUGAUGCCAGUUGGAAAAGAAACGGUUAAAUAUGAGGAAGAGCUUGAUUUACAUGACGAAGAAGAAACCAGUGUGCCAGGAAGACCAGGCUCUACAAAAAGACGACAGUGCUACCCUAAAGCUAUUCCAGAAUGUUUGAGGGAUAGUUAUCCCAAACCUGAUCAGCCCUGUUACCUGUAUGUAAUAGGAAUGGUGUUAACUACUCCAUUGCCUGAUGAGCUCAACUUUAGGAGACGAAAGCUAUAUCCUCCUGAGGAUACAACGAGAUGUUUUGGCAUAUUGACAGCCAAACCUAUACCUCAGAUUCCUCACUUUCCUGUGUAUACUCGCUCUGGAGAGGUUACAAUAUCUAUUGAGCUUAAGAAAUCUGGUUUUACUCUGUCUUUGCAAAUGCUUGAGCUGAUAACACGACUCCACCAGUACAUUUUCUCACAUAUUCUUCGUCUUGAGAAACCUGCACUAGAGUUCAAACCCACAGAAGCUGAUUCAGCCUACUGUGUUCUACCUCUUAAUGUUGUUGAUGACUCCAGCACUUUGGACAUUGACUUUAAGUUUAUGGAAGACAUUGAAAAGUCUGAAGCGCGUACAGGCAUUCCCAGUACACAGUAUACAAAAGAAAUGCCUUUUAUUUUCAAAUUAGAAGAUUACCAGGAUGCAGUUAUCAUUCCACGGUAUCGAAAUUUUGAUCAGCCUCAUCGAUUCUAUGUAGCUGACGUAUACACUGAUCUUACUCCACUCAGUAAAUUCCCUUCCCCUGAAUAUGAAACUUUUGCUGAAUAUUAUAAAACAAAAUAUAAUCUUGAUCUGACCAAUCUCAACCAGCCACUGCUGGAUGUGGACCACACAUCUUCAAGACUUAAUCUUUUGACUCCUCGCCAUUUGAAUCAGAAGGGGAAAGCACUUCCACUAAGCAGUGCUGAGAAGAGGAAAGCAAAAUGGGAAAGCCUGCAGAAUAAGCAGAUACUGGUUCCUGAGCUAUGUGCUAUACAUCCUAUUCCAGCAUCUUUGUGGAGAAAAGCAGUUUGCCUCCCCAGCAUACUUUAUCGCCUGCACUGCCUUUUGACAGCAGAGGAACUAAGAGCUCAAACAGCCACUGAUGCUGGGGUAGGGGUUAAAUCACUACCUGCAGAUUUCAGAUAUCCUAACCUGGACUUCGGAUGGAAAAAAUCUAUUGACAGCAAAUCUUUCAUCUCUAUACCUAGCUCCUCUUUGGUAGAGAAUGAAAAUUACUGUAAGCACAGCACAAUUGUAGUCCCUGAAAAUGCUGCACAUCAAGGUGCUAAUAGAACCUCUUCUGCAGAAAAACAUGACCAAAUGUCUGUGAGUUACAGAACACUGCUUGAUGAGUCACCCAGUAAACUCCAAAUUGAUGUCUCAGCAGAACUUGCAGCAAUUAAUGGUGUUUCUUAUAAUAAAAAUCUUGCCAAUGGCAAUUGUGAUUUAGUUAACAGAGACUUUUGCCAAGGAAAUCAGCUGAAUUACUGCAGGCAGGAAAUACCUGUACAACCAACUACCUCAUAUCCCAUUCAGAAUUUAUACAGCAGUGAGAACCAGCCCAAGCCCAGCAAUGAAUGUACUCUACUGAGUAAUAAAUACCUUGAUGGAAAUGCUAACAGAUCUACCUCAGAUGGAUACCCCAAAAUGACAGUGACCACCAGUACUUCAACAGCUCUUAAUCUUUCAAAAGACAAAAUGGAUUCUGAAAAGAACACUUCCAGUGGGUACUCCUCAAAAACUCUCGGUCCUAAUCCUGGUCUCAUUCUUCAGGCUUUGACUCUUUCAAAUGCUAGUGAUGGAUUUAAUCUGGAGCGACUAGAAAUGCUUGGUGAUUCAUUUUUAAAGCAUGCCAUCACUACAUACUUGUUUUGCACUUAUCCUGAUGCGCACGAGGGACGGCUGUCAUACAUGAGAAGUAAAAAAGUCAGCAACUGUAACUUGUAUCGCCUUGGAAAAAAGAAAGGACUGCCUAGUCGAAUGGUGGUAUCGAUUUUUGAUCCCCCCGUCAAUUGGCUUCCUCCUGGUUACAUAGUAAACCAGGACAAGAGCAACACUGAUAAGUGGGAGAAAGAUGAAACGACAAAGGAGAGUUUAUUGGCUAAUGGUAAACUUAACUAUGGUGAUGACGAUGAAGAGGAUGAAGACCUAAUGUGGAGAUUGCCCAAGGAAGAAACAGACUUUGAAGAUGAUUUUUUGGAGUAUGAUCAAGAGCAUAUCAAAUUCAUAGAUAGUAUGUUAAUGGGAUCAGGGGCUUUUGUGAAGAAAAUUUCUCUCUCUCACUUUUCAACCACUGAUUCAAACUAUGAAUGGAAGGCACCCAAGAAGUCAUCCCAGGGUAACGUGCCAUUUUCAUCAGAUUUUGAUGAUUUUGACUAUAGUUCUUGGGAUGCUAUGUGCUAUCUGGAUCCUAGCAAGGCUGUCGAAGAGGAUGAUUUUGUUGUCGGCUUCUGGAAUCCAUCAGAAGAAAACUGUGGUGUCGAUGCAGGAAAACAGUCUAUCUCAUAUGAUUUGCAUACAGAGCAGUGUAUUGCUGACAAAAGCAUUGCAGACUGUGUGGAAGCCCUGUUGGGCUGCUAUCUAACCAGCUGUGGUGAAAGAGCUGCUCAGCUUUUCCUGUGUUCACUGGGGCUGAAGGUGCUCCCUGUAAUUAAAAAGUCUGAUUGGGAAAGCACUCUGUGUCCGACCGGAGAGAACUGUAACAGUGAGCAGAAGAAUCUUUCACCAAACUCUGUUUCUGCUUGUAUAGUUAAUUCAGAGCCUUUUCUUUAUAAAGACCUGGAGUAUGGCUGUUUGAAGAUCCCACCAAGGUGUAUGUUUGAUCACCCAGAUGCUGAAAAAACCCUGAAUCACCUUAUUUCUGGUUUUGAAAACUUUGAGAAGAAAAUUAAUUACAGUUUUAAGAACAAGGCGUAUCUUCUUCAGGCAUUUACUCAUGCCUCAUAUCAUUAUAAUACCAUUACUGGUAAGUUGUCUGAAUUAAAAGUGUUUUUUUCUUGUAUAAUAAAUAUAAGAGAAGUAGGUUUUUUGUAUUCCCAUAUGUAG